GGAUUGGUAUUUAAUUACAACGAAGUAUUGCUUUCGUUACUUCUGCAAAUCCAAAGUUUCUAGCAACUGAUCCGGCCCUUUGUAAUGAAGUGGAAAGAACUCAUCUUUCCUCUUCUCUACACCUCCUUGUCUUCCUCCUAUCUUGUCCUUUCAUCCUUCUCUCUAUUCUUCAAUAAUUAAUAUCUACACGCAAAUCAUAAAUCCCAUCAUCUUUAUCUUCCAAUAUCAAGCUAAUGAUGGUGAUGAUCAGCUCCCAAAUCCUACAAUGGAAUUUACCUUUCUUUUCUGUCACUUUCACUUCCAUUAUCAACAACUGACUACUCCUACACGUACAGCAACAUCAUCUUCAACGACAAGAACCAGGCGGUGUCCAUUAAAUUUCUCUUCACUCUACAAUAAACUCUUCACGAGACUCCCAUGCACGAUUAUAAUUAACCCCUCUUCACCUGAACCAGAAAGAGAAGCAAUAACAAUUCUUGCAUUGCUGGGUGACCAUAUGGACGGCGUAGAUUCUUCAAGGAGAAGAUCAAGAAGAAUGAGUCUUAAGGAACGGCUAGGACUAAGAGGUUUGGGUUGUUGUGGGGCCACUUGGGGUUUCAGUCCCACCACCAUCGUCACCAAUGAUGAUCUCGAUAUUGAUGAAGAACGGGAAGAGAUAGAGGCUGUGGUAAACACGGGCCAGGAAGAGGAGGAGGAGGAGGAGAGAGUUUCUGAUCCGGGCUGUUUGGAUCCGAACCCGAGUCCGAACCAACAGCACUCUUCGGGUAUGAACUUAGCUGCUGCUUUGGCCGCAGAAAGACAAUUCAGGGAGGCAGGAAGUAACAUCAUGGAGCCCACCAGUGUCACUGAUGUGGGAACCGCAAAUGUUGGUUUGACGGGGACGCCGUUAAGGGUGUCGUUGAUGAGGCUGUUAGAGGAGAGCACGGAAGGUGGUGGAGGAGGAGAAGGAGUAAUUACGGAGACGACGGUGGGGAAUGAUACAGUGUGUUGCGUGUGCAUGGGGAGGAAAAAAGGAGCAGCAUUUAUCCCAUGUGGGCACACGUUUUGCAGGGUGUGUUCGAGGGAGCUUUGGUUGAAUCGAGGUAGUUGUCCCCUUUGCAACCGGUCAAUUCUUGAAAUCCUCGACAUUUUCUAAUGUUUAAUUUGAUGAUAUGAUCUUUCUACCCAAAAAAGAAAAAGAAAAAGAAAAAGAAAUUGAUGAUGAUCACUGCCAUUUUGUCCAUCAUCAUCAUGAUCAUGUUGCUGAUAAAGUGUGUGAUGCUUCCUCGAGAUUCAUGAUAUAUUGAUCAUUUUGAUAACAGGGGGGAAAUCAACAUACAAUUUGUUAGUUGUAAUUGCAAUGUGUGGAUUAUAAGUGGUGGUAUAAAUUAAUAUAAUAUACCGUGAUUACAUUAAAUUAUUUCUCUA